AUUUUGAACAAUUCACUCAAUUAUCUAUGAUCUAUCAGCUCCGUCCCCACAUUUUACGAGUUAUCUACUAUGUUCGGUAGGCCACGAUCUUCACUUCCCGAAGCCAACAUGUCGAAGGGCGAGGAAUUGAAGUUGCAUAUCACGGUUCUGGUGAACAAGCAGAGAACUAAGGUCCUGUGUGCAGAAGCUGGCAGCGAUUUCAUGGACGUUUUGCUAAGCUUCCUACUUCUUCCGUUGGGAAUGAUCAUGAAGGUCCUCGAAGCGCCUGCUAUUGGAAGCUUGAGCACUCUAUACAGAGGCGUAGUGAAUCUUGAUACCAGCCAUUUCCAGACAGAGGUUGCCAAGCAAAAGCUCCUCGCUCCAGCAAGUUGCUAUGAUGCUGAGUUGCAUAAACUGAGGCUCAACGUGUAUAAUGCUGUUCCUGCGAGUCCUAAUUCUGUCAAUAGAUACGACGGGGUCUUCACUAAUAGUGCAGCUUCUUUCCUAAUCGGUGAUGAUCUGAAGGUGAUGCCUAAUUUGAUGUUCUCGAUCUUGGAAACUCUCAAGGUUCUCGACAUCGAUGUGACCGACAUUGAUGACGCUGAGAAAAUGGAUGUGGCUUUUGGAUCGAAAGAGAUUGUGGACUUGCUGAGGCUAUCAUUGGUUUUCCGGAAUCCACUGACGGCCUUCGUGCUAAGUGGUGGGCAGAUCAGGGUGGCGCCGAAGAAAUCCAACUCCAACGAGCAGGGGAAUGCUUCGUUGCAAUGCAUCAACGAGAAAGUUGCAUCUACCAACAUCAAGAAGAUGAUUGUGAAGGCCACUAUACAGAAAUCGACUAACAAGUUCGUAUUUGCUCAAGCAGAUAGUGAUUUCAUCAAUUUCCUUUUUGGCAUGCUCACGCUUCCUUUGGGAAGCGUCUUGUGGUAUUCAGCGAGUAACAGUGGCCUAGAGGCCAUUGACAAUAUGCACAGGAGUAUAGCAGACGACUCUAUAAAGGUCCAACUGAAAAGUGCAAAGACAAGAGACUAUCUAACCAUGUCAAACCAUGAAAUAAUUUCCCAUUUGAAUUUCGAUGUGAGAAACCAUCAUGUUAAGGGAGAGAGGAUGUACAUGGUGAGCAAUAAUUUGACUGUUUCACCGUUCGCUAUGACAUCAUGCAUCUCUGUGCUUAACGAUCUGAAGAUCUCCACGUCUGAUGUUGAAGAAGUGGACGUGCAAGUUGGGCUCGAUGAGGGUUUAAGCAUAGUGAAAGAGGCACUUACGUCGACAACGGCCUUAGAAGAUGGCCUCAUCAAAGCCAUCUUGAAGGCGUCUAUCGCUGCUUCUCAAACCGUGAACGACCAAAGCUUGAAUGCUGAAUUUGGAUUCAUCUCUCUCUGACUCUCAAAU